CGCUGUGCUCACUUGGAUUUUAACAGAGUAAAGUAACGCCAUAAUCAGCCUUUUGCUCAAAAUCCGUAAACCCUACUCCUUAAAAGCCAUUCUUUUCUUCUUGACUUGCUAAAUUCAUUAAGCUCUUGUGCAUAAUUCCUGAAAGAAUGGUUUGGUUUCAGUGUGAAGACUGUGGAGACAAUCUCAAGAAACCCAAAUUGGCUAACCACUUCCGAAUGUGUUCUGCUUACAAGCUGUCUUGCAUUGAUUGUGGGGAGAUAUUUGGUCGUCAAACAGUGGAAACUCAUACUCAAUGCAUCUCUGAAGCGGAGAAAUAUGGUCCAAAGGGCCAAGGAAAAGCUUCAAAUGGAACUCCUGCCAAGCUCAGCGGUGAUUCAAAGCAGAAGCCUGAUGUAGACAUCAAUGUUGGAUUGUCAGACCGUCCACCUUGGUUCUGUAGUUUGUGUAAUACCAGUGCAACUAGUAAGCAGACUCUACUAAGCCAUGCUGAAGGUAAGAAGCACAGAGGAAAGGCACGAGCUUUCCACGCUGCUAAGCAGCAGCCUAAGCAGAAUGAAACAGCUGGCCUUGGUGUGGACGUCUCAAGUGAUAAAAAUCAAAAGAAUGAGAUUCCUGAGAACAAAGCAUGUGAGGAAUCAAAGGAGCAAAACUCAAAAGAACCAGAAAAUGAUAAUUCUCAUUCAAAGAAGAAAAGAAAAGACAGGGAAUCUGAAAAUGGUGGCGCCAAACUAUCUGCUGAAUUAGAUAACGGUGAAGUAAUCCAGGUUGAAAAAGAACAGGAAACAAAACACAAAAAGAAAGCCAAAACUGAAACAGUGAAACACGAUAAAGCUGUCUUGGAUGGGUCUAACGGAAAUGACAGCAAGAAGAAGAUAAAGUGGAAGAAAGUGAUCACAUCAGCUUUGAAAUCUAAUUCUGAUGGAGCUCUGAAGUUGAAGAAACUUAAAAAGAUUGUUCUGAAGUCUGUGAAUGAGUCUGGCAUGGUAGAAGAUGAAAGCCAAGUCAGCAACACAAUCGAGCAUAAGAUAACUUCAAGUUCUAAAUUCGUUGUUGAUGGCAAAUAUGUGCGACUGGCAGCCAAAAGCUCCUGAGAAUUCUUUCAUUUCAGACGCUUUAUAAGUUUUAGAACCAAUAUUGGGGAAAAAGAAAACAAUGCAGAGCCAAAGCUAUAAAACAAGCUUCACCUAUGAUUCAUACGAUCAACUUCAUGACCUCAAUUUGAGGGGAGUGUAUUCCGAAGUUUUGCUUGUGCUAUUGAAAUUGUGGAGAUUAGAUAUGUUAUUUUUUUGUAAGAAAAUUGUUGAGUAUUGUUAUGUGAGAGGGACUUGUAUUUAUAGUUUGUUGGUUUAUCAUCAAAUUUGUGUGUUCGCCAAGAGCGUCAAGUUCUUAUCA